AUGUUGGAUUUGUACGAUGUGCCGUGCGAGAACGCGAUGUGCUCAGAUUUAAUCUCCAGGGUGUUGGAAAUUGUUUUUGGUUUUCCUGAGCACUUUCUCGGGGUCCCAUCAUGCCCUGCCGUGCGUGGAGAUGGAAUGCGAGGACUCGCCGUCUUCAUAUCAGAUAUACGCAACUGCAAGAGCAAAGAAGCUGAAAUAAAACGGAUAAACAAAGAACUGGCCAAUAUUCGUGGGAAGUUUAAAGGUGACAAGACCUUGGAUGGUUAUCAGAAGAAAAAAUAUGUUUGCAAGCUGCUGUUCAUUUUCCUCCUGGGUCAUGACAUUGAUUUUGGCCACAUGGAAGCCGUCAAUCUGCUGUCUUCAAACAAAUAUACGGAGAAGCAGAUUGGAUAUCUUUUCAUCUCUGUCCUUAUCAACACAAACUCUGAUCUGAUCAAGCUCAUUAUCCAAAAUAUCAAAAAUGAUCUGGCUUCCAAGAACCCCGUGCACGUGAACCUGGCGAUGCAGUGUAUCGCCAACAUCGGCAGCAAGGACAUGGCCGAGGCGUUCGGCCAGGAGAUCCCGCGCCUGCUCGUCUCCGCCGACGCCAUUGACGUGGUGAAGCAGUCGGCGGCCCUGUGUCUACUGCGGCUCUUCCGCACCAGCCCUGAGGUGAUACCCAGCGGUGAGUGGACGUCGCGCAUCAUCCACCUGCUCAACGACCAGCACAUGGGCGUGGUAACGGCCGCCGUCAGCCUGAUCGAGGCGCUGGUGCGGCACAGCGCCGACGAGUACCGCGGCUGCGUCAGCCUGGCCGUGUCGCGACUCAGCCGCAUCGUCACCUCCAGCUACCAGGACCUGCAGGACUACACGUACUACUUCGUGCCGGCGCCCUGGCUCUCCGUCAAGCUGCUGCGCCUGCUGCAGAACUACCCGCCACCAGAUGACCCGGGCGUGCGCGGCCGCCUAAACGAGUGCUUGGAGACGAUCCUGAACAAGGCGCAGGAGCCGCCCAAGUCGAAGAAGGUGCAGCACUCCAACGCUAAGAACGCCGUGCUCAUGGAGGCUAUCAGUCUCAUCAUCCACUUCGGACAGUCGGACGGGUCUCUGCUGGUGCGCGCCUGCAACCAGCUGGGCCAGUUCCUGACGCACCGUGAGACCAACCUGCGCUACCUGGCGCUCGAGUCCAUGUGCCUGCUGGCCACCUCCGAGUUCUCGCACGAGGCCGUCAAGAAGCAUCAGGAGACAGUUAUCAACGCGCUCAAGACGGAGCGCGACGUGUCGGUCAGACAACGUGCCGUGGACCUGCUGUACGCCAUGUGCGACCGCACCAACGCGGAGACGAUCGUCCAGGAGAUGCUGAACUAUCUGGAGUCGGCCGACUACUCCAUCCGCGAGGAGAUGGUGCUGAAGGUGGCCAUCCUGGCCGAGAAGUACGCCAUGGACUACACCUGGUACGUGGACGUGAUCCUCAACCUGAUCCGCAUCGCCGGCGACUACGUCAGCGAGGAGGUGUGGUACCGCGUCAUCCAGAUCGUCGUCAACCGCGAGGACGUGCAGGGCUACGCCGCCAAGACGGUGUUCGAGGCGCUGCAGGCGCCCGCCUGCCACGAGAACAUGGUCAAAGUGGGCGGCUACAUCCUCGGAGAGUUCGGCAACCUGAUCGCCGGCGACGCGCGCUCCGCCCCGGGCGUGCAGUUCAGUCUGCUGCACUCCAAGUACCACCUGUGCUCGGCGCCCACCCGCGCGCUGCUGCUCUCCACCUACGUCAAGUACAUCAACCUGUUCCCGGAGAUCAAGGGUCAGAUCCAGGACGUGCUGCACUCGGACAACAACCUGCGCUCUGCCGACGCCGAGCUGCAGCAGCGCGCCUCCGAGUACCUCAGCCUCUCGGUGCACGCCACCACCGACGUGCUGGCGACGGUGCUGGAGGAGAUGCCGCCGUUCCCGGAGCGCGAGUCGUCGAUCCUGGCCAUCCUGAAGAAGAAGAGCGGCCGCAUCCCAGACAUCAGCAAGACGCCGCGCGGCGUGACGGCCAACCCACACGCCAGCGAGCGGCCUCAGGGUCUGGGCAGCGCGGACGUACCGUCGCUGCUGGGCGGCGGCGGUGGCGGCGCGCCAGCACCGGCCGCCCCCGCACCCCAGUCCAACACGGGCCUGCUGGUGGACGUGCUGGGCGAGGCCUACGGUGGCGGUCCGGCCGCCCCGCCCGCCACCAACGGCGCCGCCGGCGCCAGCCCCGUCAACGACUACGGUGCCGGCAGCGUGCAGGACCACCAGCAGAGCGUCAAAAAGUUCAUCUGCAAGAACAACGGCGUGUUGUUCGAAAACGACAUCCUGCAGAUCGGCAUCAAGAGCGAGUACAGGCUGAACCUGGGCCGCGUCGGCAUCUUCUACGGCAACAAGACGCCCAUCGCGCUGAUGGGCUUUAGCACCAGCAUCACGCUGCCGGACGGGCUGGCCAAGAGUCUGACGGUGCAGGCCAAGCCGGUGGACGGCAGCAUCGAAGGCGGCGCCCAGGUUCAGCAGAUGGUCAACUUCGAGUUCAUCGAGGAGUUUGUCGGCAUGCCCGACCUCUCGGUCAGCUUCAUGUACAGCGGUGUACAGCAGAAGCUCAACCUCAAGCUGCCCGUCACGCCCAACAAGUUCUUCGAGCCGACCGAGAUGAACUCGGAGGCGUUCUUCGCGCGCUGGAAGAACCUCAGCAGUCCCAACCAGGAGGCGCAGAAGAUCUUCAAGGCCAAGCUGCCGAUGGACGCCGGCACGGGCACCCGGCUGGCCGGCUUCGGCAUGCAGCUGCUGGAGGGCGUGGACCCCAACCCGGAAAACUUCGUGUGCGCCGGCAUUCUGCACGGCCGCGGCGUACAGGUCGGCUCGCUGCUGCGGCUCGAGCCCAACAAACAGGCCCAGAUGUACCGGCUGACCAUUCGCUCGAGCAAGGACAAGACGUCGCAGGUGCUCUGCGACCUGCUGGUGGACCAGUUCUGAGGUGCUCCCGACCGACCGACCGGCCGGCCGGCCGGCCGGCAGGCAGGCGGCCAGGUUGACGUGUUGUGUGGCCGUAGUGCGCGGCGCGGCCGCCUCAUUCCAAUGUUGCCGGGGAGCGGGCGCGUGCGCGCGCGCGACGCCCGGCCGUCCCGACGCAGUUGCCGCCGCCGCCGCCGCCGCCGCCGCCGCUGUCGCCUCCCUCUGUCGCUGUCCUGUCGUGCCCGCGUCUGGCCGCCGCCCCCGCCCCCAGCGGGGAAGGCCGCCCGUACCCCCGCGCUCGGCGGCCGCCGGGGCCCGCGCCAGACGCAGGAUCCGCUUCACGCCUUAGAUACCUACCCGUUUAUCAGCGAAUAUUAUCAUGCUUCCUGCGAGGAUCGUAUCGCAUUCAUUCGGCCGGCUGUGGCCGCGCGGGCGGAACGUAGUGUCGGUUAUUGUUUUGAUUUGUUAUUGGCUUAUUCGUAUGCAUAUAUUGUAUUAGCAUAUGACUAUUAUCGUUACAUGCCGGGCCGGGCAGCACCAUCUACUUAAGCCAACUUUGUACGUACCGGUUCAAGGGUUCCACAUUAGCCACGCGAGGCGUCCGUAGGUGCUAAAGACAGUGCCGCGCGCCGCGGCCGUGCCGGUCGGUCGGCCGGCCGGCCGGCGGGCGGCCCGCGCGGUCCCGUGCCGACGGCGGGCCGGCGGCGGCCCGUCCGUCGGCCCGCCGGUCCUGUGUCGAUGCGUCGUCUGUCCGCGGCCGGCCGGCGCGCGCGGCCCCUGGCCCCGACGCCUGCGUUAUGUCUCGGUGCGAUGGCCGCCGGAGAGAGAGGGCGGUGGAGGAGAGUGAGAAUUGGGGGAAGGUGCGUUUAGACUGCUCCGCGUGUAUGUGUGUUUGUGUGUGUGUGUGCGUGCGUGCGUGCGUGCGUGGUACGCGUGGGUUGAGUCAGGACCCGGGAGUGCGCUUGCUUGUGAAAGGAGGUUGGUCGGAUGCGCAUUUGUCUGCUGUUUACGUGGUGUGUGCGCUGAACGAUUCAUUUGUGAUGUGUGCGCGUAUUGCUCGUGUAGACGCGUCCGGUGUCUUCUGUGCUUGUCGUCGCCUCGUGUCUGCAAUGUCUAGCUCAUGUCUGUUUUCGUGUCGCGUUCGUUAUUUCUGGAACGUGGACGAUACGCCCCGCCGUUUAGGCUCCGUCACUGUCUGGCCAUGUUGUUUGGAGCCUGUCUGUCGUCCUUGUGUUAGAGAAUGCAUGGGCGCAUGUCCGCCACGGCCAGCCGUAGGCGUGUGGGACACCUGCCGUGUUCUCUGGAGUGUGUCUGCCGUCGCCGUGUGGUUGCAAGGUCUGUCGCGCGUGGGCUCGUGUUGGCAUCGGGGGACGUGCGCGCUGGCCGGCUUCGCGGCCCAGUCAUUGUCUCAACGCCGGCGGAACGACUAAUAAAUAUGUGUACGUCA